AUGGCUACUCAGACUGGAACCGCCUCAAGAAGGCCAAAGCUGUCGUUGAGCAUCAAGACAUCACCGGCACCUCACACAAGAAUCAACAAGUCCUUUUCCGUCAUCGAUCCCAAGGACCCCACCACCUUCAACACCCUCUCCAACGUCUAUGUUACCGCCAUUGAGAGGUCGACACCCACCGCGUCAGAACCGCUCACGGCCAUCGAUACCUCCCAGCCACAGCCCUCGCGCUUGCAGAAUGGUUCAAAGACACCCCAACUGCGCAUCCAGACGCCCUACGCAGUCUCCUACCCCGAGACGCCGUUGACCGCACACCCUCUCUCGCCCGGCGUCGCAAUGGAGAUUACCUUUCCGAGCACCAUGACAGCCACCCCGCCUCUCUCUGCGGGCCCCGUAGAGCCCAACCAAGGUCCCCAGAUGUUUGGCUUUUCGCCAAUCGACACCAAGACGCCCCUUACAGCAAUCGGCUUCAUCACCAACCAACCGGAGCCGCGCUCGCAGAGGAAACGCAAUCACAACCUGACCCUCGUUGGCUCAAAGCUGCCUUACACGCAUCCUCGCUCCCUCCACAGCAUCCUCCGCAACUCGCCUCUCCCUCCGCCGAGUGCCAAAACCCCCAUCUCACCGCGCCGGCAGUCCUUGCGCUUGCAAGAAAAGGCGGCCCGCCGUGUAGCCUACAACAGCCCCAUCGAGCAGACAAUAACAACGGAAACGUACACAAAGUCUCACAUUGACCUGCUCGUCGAGGAUGUCGUUUCCCCGGCAUCACCGGCGGCUGCGGCAACAGCAACAGCAGCAGCAGCGGCGGCGGAGACGGCACCGGCACCGGGCCAGGAGGAGGCCAACACGGUGCUGGACCUCGCCAUGGCGUUCACGAGCGACGAGACCCGCGACGGCGGCAUGACGCCGGGGCCGUUCGAGGAGAUGCGGCGUCGGAUGGCGGGGCUGGCGGCUGAUUCGCCGCCAGUCAGCCCGUCCGGCGGCAUCAGGAAGCGGACCAAGCGCAAGGAGAAGAAGAGGCGGUGGGUGUGGACGAUUGGGAACCAGGAGGAGGACGAGGAGAACUUGGGGGGUGCCGUGGCGGCUUUGCGGGCGGCCGAGGCGGCGGCGGCAGCACAGACGCCGGUAUUGUCUAUCCCUCAAAGGAAGCCCGUGGUCGCUCCUCCCCCUCCCAUUGUGGAGGUGCAGACCUACGGCGAUCUCCCGACGCCUAGCGUCGAGACGUUUGAGGAGGCCGGUGGGGAGGCGGAGGACGUUGAGAUGUCGGAUACAAGUAGCGUCUCAUACUCGUGUUCCGAUCGGGGUUUGACGCCUGGGGAUAUGGAGAUGGACCUGACGACGCCGACGGUGCCGAAGCGUCUCAUUUCACAGUGCGACAGGCUGGGGUCGGCGGACCUGAUUAACCCGGAUACUGGGAGUCGGCGGGACACGCCUAUACCUCCGGAUAUGGUCGUCCACUGA